ACUGACAGUGUGGUAGAUAAAGCAGCUUGGUCUCUGGUUCUUGCUGUUGGCGUGUGCUAUCAUGCAUCUUUGGAAACCAAAGAUUCUUUCAGGAGGGCUAUAUGUAAAUUCUUUCCUCUGCCUUAUAGAGACCCCACCAUUAUUUUACAGGAAAUAACUUCCAUUCAGGAACUCUUCUUAGCAGGUGUACAAUUAAGGGACACCAUUGCAAGAAAUCUUGCUUUGAAGGAAAACCUCUUUAUGAUGGUCAUCUGCAUCGAGCUAAAAAUUCCAUUGUUUCUGGUUGGAAAACCUGGAAGUUCAAAGUCUCUUGCAAAGACUAUUGUUGCUGAUGCUAUGCAAGGCCAAACAGCUCAUACAGAACUGUAUAAGGACCUAAAGCAGAUCCACUUGGUGUCUUUUCAGUGUAGUCCUCAUUCAACACCAGAAGGGAUUAUUGGUACAUUUAGGCACUGUGCCAGAUUCCAGGAAGGGAAGAAUUUAAACGAAUAUGUGUCUGUAGUUGUACUUGAUGAAAUAGGGCUUGCAGAAGACUCCCCUAAAAUGCCUUUAAAAACACUUCAUCCUUUGCUAGAAGAUGGAUGCAUUGAUGAUGACACCUCACCACACAAAAAAGUUGGAUUUAUUGGCAUCUCUAAUUGGGCUUUGGAUCCAGCAAAAAUGAACCGAGGG